AUGUACUUGGGGGUGUCUCAUUCUCCACGUUUAAAUACUAUAACAACAAUUCAUGUAAAAAUUGGCUUUGAACGGAAAAGUAUCGAGGGUAAUGCAACGAGACAAAGCUUGUUGAAGAAGGGCGACUGGUUCCUCUUUCCUGGCGCGGGAUAUGUCGAUUCGUUGUACACCUUUCUGUGGGCCGUGCGGCAAACGUACAAGCACAGCGAUUUACUUGUUGCCUUGCUGAAUACAAAGGACCACGAUAAAAACUUUUUCUCCUUGAGUAGCGAGAUAAGAAAACUGGAGAAGGGAGGAUGGAAUAGGAACGACGAAAUUCCAGAAGUUAACAGAAAAUAUCAGUUCCCUUUAAUCCACUGGGCAUGCGUACUCGGAAAAACAAACGCCGUGAGGUGGCUUCUUGAUCAAGGUUUCAGUCCCACGGUCCAAAAAUCUAGUACGUUGGAGACAUGUCUGCAUCGUACACUCAUGACAAUACCAGACACCGUGUCGAUGAAGAGCGGACGAUUGUGCGUUUCGCGAUUUGAUGCUAUCCUAUCCCAACUAAGCGAUUGCCUAUUGAUUGGCGAUUAUCUACAGAACACGCCACUUCAUCUCGCUGCGCAAUUCAUGGAGCAGAACAAAUGUUACUCUCUUUACGAGAACCUAUUUCUGACCAUGCUCACACAUGUGAAAAGGAUGCCCAGUGCUAAAAGGCGUAAAUGCUUGAAUGCACGUAAUUGUGCUGGCGAUACAGUCCUAAACAUACUCUCCUCCAAUGGCAAGUGCAUGAACAUUAUCGAGAAGCUUCUCGACGCUGGUGCCGACUGUAUGAUAGUGAACAAGCUUAGUAUAGGACCUCUCGCAACAGCCGAGAAGUGCAACUCGGCACUUGCAAACUUCCUAAGAAGCACCAUUUUAAAAAAGGCCGGUUAUCCACUUCCAACUCCGGUGGAUUGCAGUGAGGAAUCGAGGAGAAAGUCGGAACGAAGAUCGAACCAGUUCACGAGCUCCGUGCUGCCCAACAUUUCCGGCGAGGUUGACUUCACAAACCUGCCGUCUGCUUCAUCCGAGCUAAGCAACUCAAGUGACGGAUCCGAAAAAACCAAAAACUCCACAUCAUCCUUGGAAGAAGAUCCUAUUCACGUUGACAGCGGGGAUGAAACAAUUAGUCAUGUCAACGAGGAAUUCAUUUCGACACCUGCUCCCACCGCUGACCAGGAUGCGGACCUUAUACCGACGGCUAUUGUGGCACCAAACUCAUUACAUAUCACCUCAACUGUCGAGUCUGGCUCGCCCCCAAACUCCUUUGAAGCCAUCGAAGAUGAGGGAGAAGCAACUGAAGAUAAUGAAGAAACAGUGGACACGAAAAGGGAAGGUGAAAAUUUGGAAUUUGAAGAAAUGUGCCGAUGUAGUGAGGAGCCUGAUAACGAUGGACUUUCCAAUAACCCGAGCACAAAUAACACAGAACAAGAGGACAACAGCAGUAUUGCUAACGAUACACCAGCGAAAGAGGGACCUGAAGACGGUCAGGGUACCCAAGUCAGCCUGAUGGAUAGUCUUAAAGAAGCAGGUGUGCUGCAAAAUUUGACAAGCGUAAUUGAGAACACGAAAAAGGGUCAUGUGGACAGGAUAAACGAAUUAAAAACCUCGCUGUCAGACGUUGCGCGUAAUCAUUCGAUAGAAAAGGAAAAGCAAAAGAAAAUUAAGUAUGAAAUGCGCAAAAAGAAACGUGAAAUGGACAAUUUGAAAAAGGAACUUGCCAACAGCAUAAAGAGGGAGAAUUUCGGACAAAGUAAACGAAAACGGUUGGUGGAGGAAAAAAAUGACCUUGACAAAAAGUUGGCACGUUGUGAGAAUCUGUUGAAAGAAGUGCCUAAAAACGAUUUCCAGUUAUGAUUAUCCACCCAAGGUAUUCGCACAUUUCGUGGCAUGUAGUGUUGAGUUAUGUUAUUUAAAGUUGUGUGAAGGAACGGAGUUAGUCGAUUUUGUGGCGUGUAACUCGAACCUUCGAUAAUUGCGUUCAUAGAUGUCAAAGUUUACCAAAGACGUUUGUAGAUAUUGUGGCAUAGAUAUAUUGAAUUUUAUAUAUUGCAAUUAUGUAGAUACGGAGAUUACUAUAGGAGUUAGUAGAUACCUACACCUUGACCUGCGGAGAAGAGUUGUUUUUACACAUUUAGCUAUAUAAUCGCA